UAAGAGAGAAGAGAGGGGAGAGAGCGAGGGGGAGAGAGAGAAAGAGAGAGAGAGAGAGAGGGGGUGAGCGAGGGGCUGUGUGUCCCAGCCACACCGCACUCUCCAAACACAACCACCGUCUCGCCACGUUCAAUCCAAUGAAGAUCUAACGCGCACAACACAGACAGACCCAAAGCAGAGAAUACGCUACGCGCGCUCCAGGUGCGUGUUUUUCGUCCCACCGCCCCGACGACUGUUGAUGCAUUGGCGUCGGAAAACUCGCGGAGAGAAACAAAAUAAAAGCGAGGCAGGCGACUCAGAGCCCGAGGACGGAUUUGCUUUCCUCCACGCUGUGUUAUUUCCCCAGGACUCGACUGUCAUAAACUGGAUGUAAAUACUCUCGACUUCUCUUUGCGCAGAAAACAAAGGGGACACUGAGUUUCAAACUGGCCGCAAAAUGGUGAUAAGGCUGUGAAUACCCUGCAUCUGAGAAAUCAGACCAGACUGACUCACAGGGCUCUGUGAGCCAGUGCCACCGAGGCUGCCAAAGCAUGCUGGUGCCAAGCUGUCCCACCAUGCACAGAGCCAGACCCACGCUGCUGCUGCCGCUGCUGCUUGUCCUGGGUGUGCUCCUCCGCCUCGCCGACGCUCAAACACCACCAAAGUUUCUAAGAACCCCCAAUGACCAAACAGGCGUGCAAGGAGGUGUGGCAUCCUUCAUCUGCCAAGCUACGGGAGAUCCACGACCGAAGAUUGUGUGGAACAAGAAGGGGAAGAAAGUCAGCAACCAGAGAUUUGAGGUGAUUGAGUUCGAUGACGGCUCUGGUUCAGUGCUAAGAAUUCAGCCAUUGCGCACGCCUCGAGAUGAAGCCAUAUAUGAAUGCGUCGCUUCCAACAGUGUUGGAGAGACGAGCGCUACCACCAGACUCACUGUUUUACGUGAGGACCAGCUGCCCCCUGGUUUCCCCACCAUAGACAUGGGCCCACAGUUGAAAGUGGUGGAGCGAACACGCACUGCCACCAUGCUCUGUGCUGCCAGUGGCAACCCUGACCCAGACAUCUCCUGGUUCAAAGACUUCCUCCCUGUCAACACCACCAACAACAAUGGACGCAUUAAACAGCUCAGAUCAGGAGCCCUCCAGAUAGAGCAGAGCGAAGAGUCUGACCAGGGCAAGUAUGAAUGUGUGGCGACCAACAACGAUGGAACCCGCUACUCUGCCCCAGCAAAUCUAUAUGUCAGAGAGCUCCGAGAAGUGCGCCGGGUGCCACCACGAUUCUCCAUUCCACCUACAGACAAUGAGAUCAUGCCAGGCGGCAGUGUAAAUAUCACAUGUGUGGCAGUGGGCUCUCCCAUGCCAUAUGUCAAGUGGAUGCUGGGUGCUGAAGACCUCACACCAGAAGAUGACAUGCCUAUUGGACGAAACGUCUUGGAGCUUACAGACGUCCGGCAAUCCGCCAACUACACCUGUGUGGCCAUGUCAACCCUGGGGGUGAUAGAGGCUGUGGCACAGAUAACAGUCAAAGCAUUGCCCAAGGCUCCUGGCAUUCCUGUGGUGACAGAACGCACCGCCACCAGCAUAACAUUGACUUGGGAUUCUGGCAAUCCCGAGCCAGUGUCCUACUACAUCAUCCAACACAAGUCCAAGUACUCAGAGGACCUGUACAAGGAGAUUGAUGGUGUAGCCACCACUCGGUACAGCGUGGGGGGCCUCAGCCCAUACUCGGACUACGAGUUUCGGGUGGUGGCUGUGAACAACAUCGGGCGAGGGCCCCCCAGCGAGAGCAUCGAGGCCAAAACAGCUGAGCAGGCACCCAGCACGGCACCAAGGCAGGUCAGAGGUCACAUGCUGAGCACCACCACAGCUGUUAUCCACUGGGAUGAACCAGAGGAGGCUAACGGGCAGAUCAUGGGCUACCGAGUCUACUACACCAUGGAUUCCACCCAGCAUGUCAACCUGUGGGAAAAGCAGAUUGUUCGCGGGUCUAACUUUGUCACCAUACAAGGCCUCAUCCCCAAUAAGACCUACUACAUCAAGGUUCUGGCCUACACCUCAGUUGGUGAUGGACCCCUUUCUCCAGACCUUCAAAUCAUCGCUAAGACAGGAGUUCCCUCCCAACCAACCGACUUCAAGGGAGAAGCCAAGUCAGAAACAAGCAUUUUACUCUCAUGGAUCGCCCCAGCACAGACUGGACAGGAAAAUCAAAUCACAGGAUAUGAACUUAUGUAUAGGAAGAGGGAUGACAAAGAGGAGAAACGUAUCAGUUUUGAGCCGACAACAACAUACCUACUGAAGGACUUGAAGCCCUUCACUACGUAUACUUUCCGGCUUGCUGCCCGUAGUAAACAUGGAGUUGGAGCUUACACCAAUGAGAUCUCUGCAGAAACACCACAGACACAACCCUCAGGCCCACCUCAGGAAGUCAAGUGCCAAAGCCCCAGCUCCACCAGCAUCCUGGUAAGUUGGCGGCCACCCCCAGCGGAAUUACAAAAUGGGAUCAUAACACAAUACACCAUCCAAUACGCUGCGACUGAAGGGGAGGAUACCACUACUCGUCAAAUCUCCAAUAUACCUCCGGAAAGCUACCAGUACCUUUUGGAAAACUUGGAAAAAUGGACAGAGUACCGUGUUACAGUCAUUGCUCAUACAGAGGUCGGAGCAGGACCAGAAAGUCUGCCACAGCUCAUCCGCACAGAGGAGGAUGUUCCUAGUGGGCCACCUCGUAAAGUUGAGGUGGAGGCUGUCAACUCCUCAUCAAUUAAAGUGAUCUGGCGCUCACCGAUGCCCACCAAGCAGCACGGUCAGAUCCGAGGGUACCAGGUGCACUAUGUCAGGAUGGUUAAUGGGGAGCCCACAGGACAGCCAGUCAUCAAGGACAUCCUGACUGAUGAUGCCCAGUGGGAAUAUGAUGAUUCAACUGAACAUGAAAUGAUCAUCACAGAGCUGCAGGCUGAGACCACGUAUUCAGUUACUGUGGCAGCCUACACGACAAAGGGUGACGGUGCACGCAGCAAGCCCAAACUGAUCACCACCACUGGUGCAGUUCCUGAUAAACCUCGGCUAAUGGUCAGUACAACCAACAUGGGCACAGCUCUCCUCCAGUGGCAUCCCCCAGCAUUAACCCAUGGGGCACUACAAGGCUAUCGCCUCCGUUUUGGCCGCAAAGACGUGGACCCACUGACUGUCAUUGAGUUCCCUGAACGCGAGAACCACUACACUACCAAAGAGAUCCAUAAGGGAGCCUCAUAUACUUUCCGUCUUUCUGCACGCAACAAGGUGGGCUUUGGCGAAGAGACAGUCAAAGAAGUCACCACAAAUGAGGAUGUCCCAAGCGGCUACCCUCAGAGCAUUACAGCUGGGGGUGCCACCACCUCCACCAUUCAGGUUAGCUGGCAACCUGUGUUACUGGCAGAGCGAAACGGCCAAAUAGUAAAAUAUGCUCUGCAGUAUAAAGACAUCAACAGCCCACGCAGUCCCUCAGAACUCUUCAUCACAGCCCCGGAAUCAACAGUCAUCCUGGAUGGCCUUAAGGCAGAUACCACUUAUGAUAUUAAAAUGUGUGCCUUCACCAGCAAGGGUUCUGGUCCCUAUAGCCCAAGUGUCCAAUUCAGGACACAGCCUUUGGAUCAAGCAGUGUUUGCAAAAAAUUUUCACGUGAAAGCUGCCAUGAAGACAUCAGUGUGGCUGACCUGGGAAAUCCCAGACACCUACAACCCAGCUCAACCUUUCACCAUCCUCUACGAUAAUGGCCAGAGCGUGGAGGUGGAUGGGAAGCUAACACAGAAGCUAAUCACAGGUCUCCAACCUGAGACACAGUACUCCUUCCUCCUGACCAACCGUGGCAACAGUGCCGGAGGUCUGCAGCACCGCGUGUCCACCAUGACGGCCCCAGACAUCCUUCGCACCAAACCGUACCUGAUUGGCAAGACAAACUCAGAUGGUAUGGUGACUGUAGAGCUACCAUCAGUGCAAACAUCUGAGAGAGUAAGGUCAUAUUACAUUGUGGUGGUACCUCUGAAGAAACAGCGCACUGGCAAGUUUUUCAAACCCUGGGACAAUCCCGAUGAGAUGAAUUUGGAGGAGCUGCUGAAGGAGAUAAACCGAACUAGCAGAGGCCUUCGGUUCCGGAGGCAGGCAGAACCCAAAUCCUAUAUCGCUGCCUACUUCAAAGACCUGCCUAAAGAGUUCACCCUGGGAGACGGCAAGACCUACGGGGACUUUGAAAACAAGCAACUCCAGAAUGGCCAGGAGUAUAUCUUCUUUGUGCUUGCUGUUCUAGAGAUGUCUGAAAACAUCAUGUAUGCCACCAGCCCCUACUCUGACCCCGUUGUGUCAGCUGAUAUUGACCCCCAGCCAAUUAUCGAUGAGGAGGAAGGUCUCAUCUGGGUGGUGGGCCCUGUCCUAGCAGUUGUCUUCAUCAUAUGCAUUGUCAUUGCCAUCCUCCUCUACAAGAGAAAAAGAGCAGAAUCUGAAGCUAGGAAGGGCAGUCUCCCCAACAGCAAGGAAAUGCCACUGCAUCAUCCCACUGACCCUGUUGAGCUUCGACGUCUCAACUUCCAAACACCUGGUUCAGGUGCGCCCAGUCACCCCAGUAACCUCCAUUUGUCAAGUAUGGCCAGCCACCCUCCGAUCCCGAUCAUGGACCUGGCAGAUCAUCUGGAGCGCCUGAAAGCCAACGACAACCUCAAGUUUUCACAGGAAUAUGAGUCCAUCGACCCAGGUCAGCAGUUCACAUGGGAGCACUCCAACCUGGAGGUUAACAAACCAAAGAACAGAUAUGCCAACGUGAUUGCCUACGACCAUUCCAGAGUCUUGCUCUCUGCUAUUGAUGGCAUCCCUGGAAGUGACUAUAUUAAUGCCAACUACAUUGAUGGCUACAGAAAGCAGAAUGCCUACAUUGCCACCCAAGGAUCACUGCCAGAGACAUUUGGUGACUUCUGGAGGAUGAUAUGGGAGCAGAGGAGUGCCAUCAUUGUCAUGAUGACCAAACUGGAGGAGAGGUCUAGGGUGAAAUGUGACCAAUACUGGCCCACAAGAGGGACAGAAACCUACGGUCUCAUCCAAGUGACACUUCUAGACACAGUAGAGCUGGCAACGUACUGUGUCAGGACAUUUGCACUUUUUAAAAAUGGCUCCAGUGAGAAGAGAGAGGUGAGGCAGUUUCAGUUCACAGCCUGGCCAGACCACGGGGUACCGGAGCACCCCACUCCAUUCCUGGCUUUCCUAAGACGGGUGAAAGCUUGCAAUCCUCCAGAUGCAGGGCCCAUGGUGGUACACUGCAGUGCUGGGGUGGGACGCACAGGUUGCUUCAUCGUGAUUGAUGCCAUGCUGGAGCGUAUCAAGCACGAGAAGACUGUGGACAUCUAUGGGCAUGUUACGCUAAUGCGUGCCCAGCGCAACUACAUGGUGCAGACAGAGGACCAAUAUGUCUUCAUACAUGACGCGCUCCAGGAAGCCGUCAACUGCGGCACCACCGAAGUGCCCGCCAGAAACCUAUACGCUUACAUCCAGAAGCUCACGCAGAUAGAGGGUGGAGAGAAUGUCACUGGCAUGGAACUUGAGUUCAAGCGUUUAGCUAACACUAAAGCCCAUACAUCACGAUUCAUCAGUGCCAAUCUCCCCUGCAACAAGUUCAAGAAUCGCCUUGUUAACAUAAUGCCAUACGAGUCCACACGAGUGUGUCUUCAGCCCAUUCGAGGAGUUGAGGGCUCUGACUACAUCAAUGCCAGUUUCAUUGAUGGGUACAGGCAACAGAAAGCCUAUAUUGCCACGCAGGGACCAUUGGCAGAGACCACAGAGGACUUCUGGAGAAUGCUCUGGGAGCACAACUCUACUAUCGUCGUUAUGCUAACCAAGCUUAGAGAAAUGGGCAGGGAAAAAUGCCACCAGUACUGGCCAGCAGAAAGGUCGGCCAGAUACCAGUACUUUGUGGUGGACCCCAUGGCCGAGUAUAACAUGCCCCAGUAUAUCCUGAGAGAGUUCAAAGUGACUGAUGCCAGGGAUGGACAGUCACGGACAGUAAGGCAGUUUCAGUUCACAGACUGGCCUGAACAAGGAGUGCCAAAAUCAGGAGAGGGCUUCAUCGAUUUCAUUGGCCAAGUACAUAAAACAAAAGAGCAGUUCGGCCAAGAUGGGCCUAUCUCAGUUCACUGUAGCGCGGGUGUUGGUAGAACUGGAGUUUUCAUCACCCUCAGCAUCGUCCUGGAACGAAUGAGAUAUGAGGGGGUAGUAGACAUCUUUCAGACAGUGAAAAUGUUACGGACACAGAGACCAGCUAUGGUGCAGACAGAGGAUCAAUACCAGUUCUGCUACAGAGCUGGCUUGGAGUACCUGGGAAGCUUUGAUCACUAUGCAACGUAAAAGACCCAGUAUUGGAAGAAAAAAGCAGAGGGCCCUUUGGAAAGAAAACCCAGUGAGCCUCUCUUCUGAGCCAUAAAUUCCUGCUUGAGAAAGUACUCCUUAACUCCUUGCUAACAACUCAUUAAGUGUUGGAUGUGCGACAUGACUUGUCAAAAAAUGAAAAAGAUGAUUCCUGGAGGACCAAGUAUUUCCCAACCCCAAGAAAACCUCACCUUGAGACAAAGUGAGGGAAUCCUGACUGUUGAAGCAUCAUAUGGAAUUACCUUUUCUUUUGCUUCAAGGAUUCAUUUUGGGGCUCAUAUAACUGAAUGAAACCAACACAACAAAAAAGUAAAUGAACAAUAUUGACAUCGUCAGAAAGGCAUCAGUGAUUACGAACCAUUACGAGAGGCAUUGGAGGCACACAGAGUUUGCGGGCAAAAAAAACUUGAUGCACAUUGUAAAGAAAAAAAAAAAUCUGUUUCACAAUCAAGUACACACAGACAACCCAUCGAAAAAGAAGAAUGCUUGGUCCACAACAGCAGGACAGACAAAGUAAUAAUGAAUAAAUACCACUUUUCCUUUCACAAUGUUCAUCAUCUAAAUUUUGGGAGAGGGUAAAGUUAAAAUGAUCUAUGAAAUAACAAAUUAUUGAUUUAGUUUUUUAGUACUUUAUUAUACAGCUGAUGUGCUUUUUUUGAACUGUGUGAAUUUCCUUUUUUUACACAAAUUUAUCACUUGGAAAUAAGUGAUAAACUGUAUUUACGUAAAUGUUAAUUUUUUUUAAAGCUGUAGAACUGUUCUGACAUAUGUGCUUUUUUGCAGAGAAUCUCUUUGCUUUUUUGUUAUUUUGUUUUUUAAUCCCCCCCCUCAUUUUGUUGCACUUAGUGCACAGAACAGAAUUCACACUACCAAAAUGUGACUUUGUUCAAGAGUUGUUUUUUGGUCUUGAUUUUUCUGUUUGUUUUUGUCCAUGAUCACAUACAUGGUAACUUAAUUACUCCCAUAAGAUAAACUGGGGCUUUGUGGAAUCAACAGGGAUGAGCAAAGUAUGAAGUUGCUGCUACCGAUUAUCUUAGUUCUUCCAUGUUAGAAUGAUAAGAGAGAAGCUGAUGAAUUGGAUAAGAUAUAGGAACAUAUAUAACUAUAUGGUACAGAUUGUCAAAUACAUGAGAUAUAUAUUAAAGUAAUUAUAUAUAUUAAGUAAUUAUAUAUAUGUGUAUAUAUUUACAUAUAUAUAUAUAUAGAUAAUCUAAAUAUAUUGAUAAAGUACAUAAUUUAUGAGUAAAAAAAUAUAUGAAAUAUGGAUUGACUAUUAAAGCUUCGAAAUUGAGAGUUAUGUGCUAUGGGGGAAAUGAAGAGAUUUUUCACUGGAAUGCACAUCAGUAGGACAAAAUGUAUUCUGAUUCAGUGCAUCUUUUCUUGUGCAAUAAAUAUGUGUGUUGUUAGAUAGGGUUUUAUGUGGAUAUGUUAUUCACUCAUGACAUUGUUGCUCCCCCCGCGAGUGAGGCGUGGGAGUUGGAAGGUCAGGUGCCAGUCAAAGCAUCACUGGUGCAUUUUUUCAAACUCUCAUACAGUCUGUAAUUAGAGGCAGUGAGGUCUCACAGCCGCACUCACCGCUCGCACCACACAAUAGGGCAAGGUACAAAGACGUCACUUUCUUGUGGUUCUUUAAAGCAUUCAACGGAAAUGACAUUUUUUUUCAUUUUGCAUUUAGAGUGCCUUAUAUUUAUGCCUGUUUUUAUAAUGUUUCAUUUAACAUAUUAAUGUAUCCUUUGAGUAAUCUAGGCAUUUAGUGUAAAUGUAAUUGUAUAGUUUAUUUACCUUUAGUAAUUGUAAAGUUUAUUUACCUUCAGUAUUAAUUUGUCACAUGAUGAGAUUAUAUAUGCAAAUAAGAACAUUUCAAAGCUCAUAUUUUUUCAUUUUCAGUGGCCUUAUUGUGGCUAAGGGAAUUAGAAUAAAACCGUUUAUAUAUCACUGACCUCUAUAGAAAACAGUCAAGAACACACAAUAACUACUAAUACAUAUUAUUUAAAAUUUUCUAACAUGCAGCUGGGGAUGAGAUAAGAGAAUACUGGUCUCAGAACUAAACAGGAUAAAGUCAAUGUCGAUCAGUACAUGUAUCAGGGCCCAACAUAAAGUUAAUGAGCUUUUUACCCGUUGCGACUAUGAUCACAUUUUACAAGAGUAAAGUACAGCGUAUUCAGAUUUUAAAAUGGUUUAUCAAACUACAGUGAAAAUGGAUUUGGUCAAAAAGAAUGCCUAAUGCACAGGUCAUCACCGAAGGGUUUCUUCUUCAUGCCUUAGGUUUCAAUUAUAGACUUCAUGCGUGUCACCACAGAGAGCAGAUCUAGCAAAAUAAAAACUGCGGACAAAAUAGCCGUUCUGCUAUCCUGACAAUCUGGUGUGUCAUGUCCUUUUUUUAAAAGACAUAACAGAUGGAGACUAAGGGUUGAGUUUGGUUAUGUUUCAGUCUUUUUAUGUUGAGCAGCAAUCUUUAACUUCUCUGUACCCUCUUUGAUGGCUUUGUGGAUGUGCAUUCCAGGUGCUUUCUUUCCCUUGUUAACUCAAGCAGCUAUCUGUUUUACUUUUUUCGACUGCUUAACUGAUUAUUUUUGUCAUAAUUUUGAGAUAUAAAAGUGCUAUUAUUUAACCUCAUGGUGGCUAAAGUUAUAUUAUGUUCAAGUCUCAGAACAUGUUUAUUUUUCUCAUCUCAAUUUUUCCUUUUUUUUUUUUUUUUUUUUUUAAAUAGAUUGUUCGUAUGCAUGGUGAAACAUUGCAGAAUGGCCAAAGCUGGCCUGGUAGGAAGAUUUGCACUUUCUCUAUCUUUGUACUAUGCACUGCCCUAUUGAUUCUAAACCCAAUAAUAUAUUACUUGAACCCAUCUAUAAAAAAAUCUCCUUAAACGUUCACUUUGUGUGUAUGUAAAUAACACAAAAAAGGUAUUGACUCUUGAAAAAGACAAAAAAAAAAAAAAAAGUUUGUGGCGAAAAAGAGCAUCCAUGCUGAUGCCAUGGUUACUCCAGCAGAUGACUACAGAAAAAUCUGUCCCACAACCAUCUGUUCUUGUGGCUUUGCCAUUCAAGCUUGGAGUGUCAUUAACAGAAAUAAACGUUGUGUUCUCUGCUCUCUCUAUCUAUCUCUCGUCUGGAUGCAUAGACUGAAAAAUUAAAUAAUGAAAUUGUAAAAAAAAAAAAAAUGGCUUGUUAAAAAGAUCAUACAAUUACCUCUGAUUAGUUGUAAGCGUAAAAUGUUUCUUUUUCUGAAUGAAAGGAGUGCUUUUUAUUUUCUUACUUAGGUUACAUUGGUGGCGAAAGAAGUCUGUAUGAAAAUCAGUUCUUUGCUGACACAAGUUCCAUUUGUUAUAAAUGAAUUC